AAUAAUGGAUAUAUUAGCAACUGACUUUAGUAUGAAACGAUGCCUCUACGGCAGACAACCAUUGUUUAAUGCAACAAAACCAGAAUUGUUAGACUCGAUUGAACCAGAUAGAGAGCUGCAAAGACAAUUUGGACUACGUAAUCCUGUUCAUAGCUCAUGUCAGGUAUCUAAACCAAUGUCGGAACAUAUAAUGAACACUAUAAGGGUUGAGACUAGGUCCCAAGGCAUAAACCAUUGUGAAGGUGGCUGGCCUAAAGACGUCAAUCACAAAAAUGAAGAAGAAACAAUUCGAUAUCGAAAACGUGUUGAACGUGAUGAUCACUACGUACGUGCAAUAACGCGUCUAGCUCCCAAAUUUGAAUAUUUUAUACAUCAAAAUAAUGCCAUAGAGAUUUAUCAACAGUACUUUAAAGACAUAGAUGAACAAGCACCUGUUGAGCGACCUACGGUAAAGGUUACCAAUUUAUAUAGGGAUCCACAAAAUCGACCAAUAGCCGAUAUAAGUUGGACUAAUGAAGAGGAUCCAAAAGUUGUCGUGUGUUACUGUGAUAGAAGAUACCCCAUAACAGGUCCUGUUAAUGAAAACGUUACUUGCUGUUUAUGGGAUUUAGAAAACGCAGAUAUGCCUAGUUCAGAAUUUUAUCCGCCCGCUGCUUGUUGGAAAUUAGCUUGCUCUUCUCAUCCUUCUAUUAUUGUUGGAGGCUUGGAAAACGGAAAAGUAUGUGUAUUUGAUCGUCGUGCAGAAAGAGUACCUGUUGCUAUAAGUUCCACUCAUUCGGCUCAUCAUGAUCCUGUAACAGCUCUUCUGUUUAUCCAAUCCCGAACAAGCACUGAAUUUUUCACUGGUUCUAGUGAUGGGCAAUGUAUGUGGUAUGAUACGCGGGAUCUGUCCGAGCCAAUAAGCGCCUUGUUUAUAUGUCCUGACCUUCCAGUAGGUCGAACAGCUGGUCUGAAUAGUGCUCAUGGUAUCAGUGCAUUACAAUUUGAGCGUUCUUUCCCCACGAGAUUCUUAUGUGGGACUGAGACUGGCAUGGUGAUUAAUGUAAACCGUAAGGGAAAAACUCCUCAAGAAGUUUUGAGUGCACCAUACAAGGCACACAAAGGUCCUGUGAGAGCCGUCCAUCGUAGCCCAUGUACAUCAAAAAUGUUUAUAACUUGUGGUGAUUGGACAACACAUAUUUGGAGCGAUGAUAUACGAAGCAGUCCAAUUAUUACGGGUAUGCCACACCGUUAUCAAGUCAAGGAUGUUGUUUGGACACCACAAAGACAUUCUGGUUUCAUGACGGUUUCCAGUGAUGGUAAAUUCCGAUAUUGGGAUCUUUUACGCAGACGCCUGAAGCCAAUAGUUAGUCUACCUGUUUCGCAGUAUUCAUUAUAUAGAAUUGUGCCUCAUGAGGAAGGCCGCCUCGUGUCUAUGGGAGGUAGGGCAGGGAUAUUGUACCUAGUAUCUCUUUCAGAUGAUUUAGUCUUGCCCGGAGAUACAGAUAAACAGUUGAUGAUACAGCAUUUUGAGCGUGAGACUCAUCGGGAACAUAUAUUAGAGAAUCGCAUCAAAGAAAUCCGUUUGAAGAUUAAAGCUGACGCUGAACACGAUGGGACACCAACUGAAGAACCUUUUGAUGAAGAAGCGGCUAUUAAAGCAUGCGAGGAUGACUUUAAAAGAAUCAUUAUAGAUGAAUUCCGACGGGCUGGUGUUCCAGUGAGUCAUGCUACGACUGCCAUUAAAACUGAUGCGAUGCGUCACCGCUGAAUUGAUUGUUAAGAGAACAAAAUAUUAAGUUAUGCGUAACCGGGCUAUUUAAGUGUCGUUUGAAUUAUUUUAGGUUGAUGGAGUAGUCUUUAAGUUUAUUGUUCUAUUUAAUAGUGGAGAAUAAAAUGUUUUGAUGGUCA